GGACACGCGCAGGGAAGAGGCUGCUCGCGUAGGGAAAGGGCGGGGGCGCGCAAGGGCUGCGCUGUCCCGGGCUACGCGCAGUGCAGCGCAGGCGGGGUGGGGAAGGGCAGGGGAAGGGAACCGAAGGGAAGAGUCAGGAGUGGAGGAGAGCCGGAGGCCGGAGCUGAGCCGGCAGCAGCGGAGAUGGGGGAGCAUCCGCAGCAGCCGUGGAGCCAGCCCAGAGGGAGGCAGGGCACGCCGGAGCCCCCUGUGGGCAGCGGCCAGGCCAGGCCGGCGGGACUGGCCUCGGCGGGAAGCUGAGCCUGUGGGCCCAGGUGGCUCCGAGACUAUGCUGAGCCCCGCCCAUGGAGACCCACUCGGACCUUCCGGUGCUGGAGACAAGUGAUGGGCCCGGAGCAGGAGCUGCAUCGGGCAGCGGGGAGGAUGCCAGCUGGGCUGGGGGGCCGUUCCCUGGGGGCUUCCGGGCUUCGUUGGCCGGAGUGCUGCUCCUGGAGCUGGCGCUGGGCCUGGGCUGCAACGCCGCCGCGCUGCUCCUGCACCGGGCCCGAGCGGGCCCCCGGGCCUCAGCCAGCGCGCGUCUCACCCUCAGCCUGCACGUGCUGGACACGCUCAUCUGCGCGCUCUGUGUCCCGCUCAGCGUGGCCGUCCUCCUGCUGCCCACGGCGCCGCCUCGCGCUCAGGCCUCCCUGAGCCCCUCCAGCCUGCUCUGCCGCUUCCAUGAAGCCGGCGUCACCUUCAGCGGCGUGGCUACGGCAGCCGGCGUCCUCGCCGUGAGCCUGGACCGCUACGACAUGUCGGCCCGGCCCGCGCGGCGUCGCCUCACGCCGGCGCGCGCGCUGCUCCUCCUGGCCAUUGCUUGGCUGCUCUCCGUGGCGGCCUUCUUCUUGCCCUUUGUGGAGGCCGGUCUGGCGCCGGGGGCGUGGGAGGAGGCCUCGGGUGCGGACAACCGCACUGGCGUGUCCUGCGUCGGGACCGGAGGAGAUGGGAGCGCGACGGGCCGAGGGACGCCUGCUGGCAGGGGCCACCUCCUGGUGCAGAUCCCCGCCUUCGUGGCGGCUCUUAUAGGACUGCUGGUGACCUACGCGCGAGUCCUCCACGCGCUGAGCGCGGGGCUCGGGGCGCGAGCCAGUCGGAGGAGGAGGAGGGGGAGGCGGCGAGGACGCGGCUGUGGGGCUGGGGCCGCGGCUGCAGAAGCCCGGGGGCUGAGUCCGAUGCCGCCGCCGCCGCCGCCGCCGGCUGCGGCCGCCCCGGGCCCCGCGCCUCCGCCGCCGCCAGCUCUGCAAACUUCGGUGUCUGUGAUUCUAGCGCUGCGCCGAGCAGUGCGCAGGCACCGGGACAGGCGGGCCCGGAGGCGGCGGGUUUUGCGCCGCUCGCUGCUCAUUGUCAGCUCCUUCGUGGGAUGCUGGGCUCCGUUGUCUGUGGGCAAUCUGCUGCUGCUGUGCAUGGGCCCCAGCGAGCGGCUGGCGCGCCUGCGGCUCUGCUGCCUGGCGGCGGCCUACGGAACCACGGUGCUGCACCCGCUGCUCUACGCCUUCCCUCGCCGCUCGCUCAGCCGGGCGUGGCGAAGCCAGUCCCGCAGGCACGCCGUGUGCGCUUUGCGACCCGAACCGCCCGCUCCGGCGGCUGCGGUGGUGCGGAAUUCGUGGCUGGCGACGCGCAAAGGUCAGGGCAAGGCGGAGGGAGCCGGGGACGGCGGCGUGGAAGGGCAGCCCCCGGACUGAGGACUUCAGCUGCUGUCCUUGCCCUGUCACCGCCCUCGGGGUGAGGAUAACUGAUUUCCCCGGGUCCCUGUGCCCUUCCUUGGAUUAACAGCCUCGUCCAGGUGCAGCUUCUCUUCUCGUGCCAGAAAUCUGGCUUUCCUGACCCAAAGGUGUCGGCAGACUGAGGGCUUCAGCCCAGUGUCUCUGCCCUGGAGGUGGAUGCCCACUAACCGAAGGUCUCGUUCAUCGAUCCUGUCCUGCAGAUGAGCACAAACUGGAGACUCUCUCUGCUCUCCUGCUCGAGUGGCUUGGGGGCCCAGGACUAGUCACCAGCACCCACCACCCCUGGGCCCCCGGAACCUGCAGGGGAGUUGGAGGAGAGCCCCUUCUAAGCUCAGAUUCCUGCCAGCACAGUCCCGUCACCCAUCACCAAAGAAAGCACAGUCUCCAUUCUGUUUCACAAAGUCCCUAGCCACCAACCACAGAGUGCUCGACUCCGGGGGAUGGUGGGGUACCCCUGUUUGCUGCACCAUUAAGGCAAUAAUGGGGCUAGGGAGAAGAAAACCCCAGAGGAGACCCAUGGCCCUGACCAGGGCUAGUCACAGCAAUAACUCCAGAUGGAGAUCCUCAAGUACCCCAUACCUGCCCCCAAAGAGUCACCAGCCUGAGAGUCACCACCUCCCCAUUCACAUUUAGCUGGAGGGUUGGGGUGGGAUCCUAUCUAGUCUUCCUGUUUGUCCUUGCCUUGCUUGUCCUAGAGAGGACUAGGCAGGUAUCUGUCUUCCUACCAGCUCCCUCCUAGAAGGUCUUCCUAAUGGAGGGGUGGGGAUGGAAUGACGGGGGAAAACAAGAGUUUCUUCAGGCUUUGGCCAAACUGCCAGGGUUAAGGACUGGCUCUCAGAAAUCCCUCUGGAUGUGAUAUCACUGGGGGGUACCCAAGGCCUUUGGCAGCUGCUUUCCUUACCUGGGCAAGAAAAGUAAAUGCCCUGGUGGGGAGCCCUAACCCUUUAUGUAGUUUUUACUUUUAAUACUGUCCAGUCUGGUGUGAUUUUUCUGGUAGUGUUCAGUACCCUGGUGUCUGAAGUGGCUUCAGGUCUUUCUUCAAAAUACUUAGAAAAUUUCUGCUCCUUCCCCUAUAGCUAAAUAAACUUAAUCACCAUC